AUUCCUUAGCUAUUGCUUUAAAAGGCUAAAAUUAAACAUUUAUAAUUGUGAAAUAAGUAUCCUAAUGCUUUGUAUUUGUACGUCUUAAGGUAGACAGUAUCUUACUUUAAAAUACAUAACCGUAUAUGUAUAAAAGCAAUACAGUAUUGUGAGAUACUUGAGAAAAAAUAAAUUUCUUUCGUCUCCUUUCAGAUAAAUGGAGGGUCAGCCAAUUGAAAUUCCACUUCUAUAUAAGGACUAUUUCUGUAUAGAGGAGAUACCCUGAAAACUAGGCAGAAGGACAGGAAGCUCUGGUGGUCAGAGAAGUCAUUCAAACUGGAUAGAGUCCAGAGUGCAGUUGCAGAAACCUGAAUCUUAUUCAGGUUAAAUAUUUGUUGAGCUCCUCCUACCUUCUAAGCAACUGCUGGGUAAUGGGGAAACCGAAAGAAGUCAAUUCUGUUUUCAAUAAGCUUAAGAUGGUGGCAAUAGAAAUUCGUUGAGCUCUUCACAAGCCAGGCAUUGUUCUGACUACAGUAGUUUAACUCAAUUGUCAAAACCGUAUGAGGGAGAUAAUUGAUAUUCCAUGUCUUCACUGCAGCAUGUUACUAAGAUAGUGAUUUCUGAAAUAUUUUAUGCAUAUAAUGAAAUGAACAGCAAAUGGCAAAGGGUGAGUAAAAUCCUUUGAUUUCAUACUCUAUUCAAUGACCAAGUAAGACUUUUUUUUUUUUUUUUGCGCACCCAGGGCAAAUGGAAGUUCCCUUGCCAGGGAUCCAAUCCGAGCUGCAGCUGCAGGCCCAGCCCUUUCAGAGACAACUUGGGAUUCUUAACAGCGGGAACUCCCUUAAGCAAGACUUUUCAGCCACAAGUAUAUGCAGGAAGCUAUCCAGUUAGAUUUUUAUUUUUCUCUCCCAAUCCGCUCUACAAACAAAGAGCAUUUUAAAGUACUGUAAAUCCUUGCAAGUCCUAUAACGUAACUCGCACUGGGGAAAAGAUUCCACGGGAAACAGGAAAACACAACACCCUGUACCUGAGGGCGUGGAGAAGAGCUAACACUUGGGGCGGAGCUUGAGCGAGCCUUGCUGCCUGCAGGUGCUCUGAAACUGCCUGGGGCCUCCCACCCGGGGUCCUCCCACCCCGGGACCGCCCCUUGGCCUCGGGAUAAGAAUUGCGGCGUCCCUUAGGCUGGGUUCUGCUCUCCAGGCGCCAGGCUAAGAAGACCGCGUCCCCUGCCCUGCUUGGACGCUCUGGCCCCCGCGAACUCCAGGUGAACGAAACGGACCUUAACUCAGCAGGGGGCACGGCCACCACCAACUCCCACCCCCACGCUCGGAGCGGGCGGCGGAGGGGGCCGAGGAGGAAGAGGCGGGGGCUGCGGCUCCGGCUGCAGGAAGCAGAAGCCGGUCGCGGCGUCGGUGCUGCGCGUUCCGCUGCGAUGAGCUCGGCGCUGGACCUCCGCGGGGCAGGUGAAGAACAAAACAUGACGGAAACAGAUGCCUUCCCUAAGAGGUUUUCAGAUCUAGGAUUUGAAGUGAAAUGCUUUAAUGAUCUUAGAGCUGAAGAAUUACUGCUCAAAAUUCAUGAGGCAUCAACUGCUAGCCAUGUAGAUGCCGACUGCUUUUUGUGUGUUUUCCUGAGUCACGGCGAAGGCAAUCACAUCUACGCAUAUGAUGCCAAAAUUGAAAUUCAGACACUGACUGGCUUGUUCAAAGGAGACAAGUGUCAGAGCCUGGUUGGAAAACCCAAGAUAUUUAUCAUUCAGGCGUGUCGGGGAAACCAGCAUGAUGUGCCAGUCCUGCCUUUGGAUGUCGUGGAUCAUCAGACAGACAAGCUGGAUGCCAACCUAACCCAGGUGGACGCCGCCUCGGUGUACACCCUGCCUGCAGGCGCAGACUUCCUCAUGUGUUACUCGGUGGCAGAAGGUUAUUAUUCUCAUCGGGAAACUGUGAACGGCUCCUGGUACAUUCAGGAUUUGUGCGAGAUGCUGGGAAAAUUCGGCUCCUCCUUAGAGUUCACAGAACUCCUCACACUGGUGAACAGGAAAGUGUCUCAGCGCCGAGUAGACUUCUGCAAAGACCCAGAUGCAAUUGGAAAGAAGCAGGUUCCUUGCUUUGCCUCAAUGCUAACUAAAAAGCUGCAUUUCUUUCCAAAAUCCUAAUAAGGCAUCCUGGUUUAUGUGUCAUUCAAAAUCGGUUUUCUCUUUUUACAUAAAGUAGUACCACUAGGCUGAAGAAUUAUGGUGUAGGAAUUUAAAACAUUUUAAGCUUUAAUGAGAAUUUUUUAAAAAGUUCAUAUUGGACAUGGUGAAGGGGUUUAAUAGACAUAGAAAAGAAAUCCUCAGGGAGUGCCUAUAAAUAGAAAUUUACAAGCAUUUGUAAUUGCCUUUUGUAGUAAAUUUCAGGGUUACUCAAAAUAUCUUAUUUAACUUGUAUUUUGUGACUUUUUUAUAAAACUGUUAAGGGUUUUUAAAACCUUAAAAAUUACUUGUUUUCCCUUAAUAUUUGAAAUUCAUGUUUUAUUAAAUUUUUCUAAUUCA